GUCAUCGACAGCGGGACCAGAAGCAGACAAAGCUGAACAGACCACGGGUGUAGGAGCAGCGGGACGAGAGGGAGACAAUACGCGGCUGGAUGGAGCGCGGACGAACCCGGGAUGGCCGCGUUGGAGUGGGGGGACGGUGCAGGCGGACCGGAGGACAAGAGACUGAAAGACUGGUCGCCGUUGAGGAGCGGGAGGUUGGACCAUUGUCGAGGUUCACCAGGAACCGGAGGAUUGGUUGGAUCGAGCCAAGAAAGGGAUUGGGAGCAGUGGAGGACAGCGCCCUUUUCCCUUUGACCAGCUAAGAGUUCACAUUAUAGACUUUUUUUAUUGACUUAUUGUCAAGGACUGCCUGCACAUCCUUCUCUUUUUGAUUCUCUGUUUUUUAAAUAAAUUAUUGUAAAUUUUAUUGGUCUGUUUAAAACUCUGUCCACAAUCCUUGCAGUUUUUAUUUGGUACUCCACUCGGGUGCCACAUUUGAAAGUAAAAAUAAUUUUUAAAAAAUUUUUUUUUAUUAAUUGAAUUGUAACAUUAUGAACCACUAGGGGGCUCUAUUUCACAUAUGUGAGAAAUAGAAAUAGAAACAGUUUAUAUUGUCCAACAAAGUGGGACAUUCAGGUGUAACAGAUAUAAAUGUUCACACAAAAAGUUCUUGAGGCGUUAAAACAAUAUAUAAAAAACAAGAUUAACAACAAUAGUAAUAAUAAUAAAAUACUGUAAAAGACUAACAUAAAAAAUAUGAUGCCUUUACUAGAAAUAGAAAUAUUGUACUCGCGAUUGAACGGAUGUGCAACUGAGCCGAACCGCUUUCUGUUCUUGUGUUCAACAUACAUGCACAGUAUUUACAACAGAAAAUUAGUGCAGAAAUGUUAUUUAAAAUGAGUAAAAACAGAGCGGAUUGUAGAAAUGCAAGCAUUUCUGCAAAGACAUUGAUCUUGUUGGAAGCAGUGAUGGAUAUAAAGUUUAAAAGCUUCUGAGAGUUUGGAUCUACGAUAACGCUCCUUUGUGCAUUCAGGGUGCAGCAGUUUGUCACGGAAGGAGCUCUACAGUUCAGCUGCAGUUAUUUCAGGCUUUUAACGUCACACUCUGGUUUUUGUUCCUGUUGAUGCUCAGAAUGGUGCUGCUAACACCUUUUUUUUUGUAACUACACAGAUAACAGUCUGAGGCUGAAUGACUGAACAAGUUUUAGCACAGUUGCUCCCCAACGUGGGAGACCUGGACUGAAAUCGCAGCCUGGGAUUUUAAUGCAUGGAGUUUCCUCCCAUGAAUCAUUGAUUCUCUCCAGUUUAAUUACCCACUCAGUUGGUGGUUUCCUGUCCUUUGGGGGUCAAAACCAAAUUUCCACCACAUCAGAACAUCCGCUGUGAAUCUACACAAACGUGGACAGGAAAUCUGAAUCCAACACGUCACUGUGGUCACAUCACUGUGCAAACUUUAUGAACGCUGAGUAAAAGGGAAGGAAACACAGGCACAUUAGAGAAUGACAGUUUUAGUGCCUUAAAUGCAACUUCUUCUUUUGUUUUUACUACUUUAGCGAGAGCAAAGUGCAGCUGCUCCAAUUAGCUGAGCAGCAGGUCUGGAAGUGAACAUGGGGGAAACGUUACUCUGCAGACUGGGCUUCUUUUUGUUCUGGUCCCUCUGCUGUGGAUAUUCUGAAGUUUCCAAGCCGACUGUGAUCCUACAAUCCAGUGGACCUGUUGUAUAUAGAGGAGAGAAAGUCACUCUGAGAUGUGAGAUCCAGGAUGAUGGAGGAACUCAGUGGACAUAUGAAUGGAAAAGAAACAAUGGAAACCUUCAAAUAAGAUCCGCAGAUAAACCCAGAGCCAAACUGACAGCAGACAGAACAAUCAUACCAGCAGGGGGCAGCAUAACACUGACCUGCUCUGUGGACGAAUAUGAUGACUGGAAGUUUGACUGGUUCAGAAAUGAUCAACAAUAUUCUGAAGAUCAGUUCAGAUCAAAUGAUAAACUGUACAGAGUUAUCUACGUCUCAGAGGGAGGAGUUUACAGCUGCAGAGGAGGAAGAGGAAAUCCAGUUUUUCUUACAGAAAAAAGCAACAUUCAGAAAAUUGUUUCUUGGCCGACUGUGAAGCAACAUCCCAGCUGGCCUGUUGUAUUCAGAGGAGAGACGGUCACUCUGAGAUGUGAGAUGCAGGAUGAUGAAGGAACUCAGUGGACGUAUGAAUGGAGUCCAAACAACAGAUACUUUCCAACAUCCAAUGAAUACAGAAAAUCUCCAACAUACAAUGAAUACAAGAUCAACAGAGUCUCUGAGUCUGACAGAGGGAGAUAUUGGUGUAAGGCUAGUAAAGGCUAUCAGACAACAGACUGGAGCUCUGCGUUUACACUGACAGUGAACUCAAAUGAACCCAAAGCCUCACUGACAGCAAGUGAUGACAUCAUACCAGCAGGGGGCAGUGUAACACUGACCUGCUUUAUAGACAUCGGUGUUGGCUGGAAGUUUUACUUGUUCAGACAGGAAUCAGAGUUUUCUACAGCUCAGCCCAUCAGAAUCAGUAGAUCAGAUGGAGUCUUCAUCAUCACAGAGGGAGGAGUUUACAGCUGCAGAGGAGGAAGAGGAAAUCCAGUUUUCUAUACUGGAACCAGCAAUAAGGUCACUAUUCAGAAAACAGUUCCCAUUACACCAACUGUGAUCCAACAACCCAAUUGGGCCCAGAUCUACAGAGGAGAGAGAGUCACUCUGAGAUGUGAGAUCCAGGAUGAUGGAGGAUCUCAGUGGACGUAUGAAUGGAAACCAACCAAUAGAAACUCUCCAACAUCCAGUGAAAUCAUGAUCACUGUUGAUAGCAGUGGAGAUUAUAGAUGCAGAGGAAGAAGAAACAGUUUCACCUUCACAGAGUGGGGAGUCGUCACAUUAACAGAGUUCUUGUUUCCCCCUCAGCCUGUCCUCUCUGUGUCUCCAUCAUGGCCGAAUCCUGGAGCCUCAGUGACUCUGAACUGUGAGGGUUUGGAGCUUCAAUCAGCAGGAUGGAGGUUCUUCUGGUAUAAAACUGUUCCUGAUACAACCAAGCAAAACUAUCAACCAUCUUACACCUAUGAACUGCUUCCUGGCAGCACCAAUGGUACUGAGCAGAACUCCUUCAUCAUUAAUGGAUCGACUCUCACAGCAGGAUUUGUGUGCAGAGCAGAAAGAGGAGAACCAAAGUUUUACACUGAUUACAGUGAAGUAAAGUUUGUCUGGUCUGCAGGUUCAGCAGCAGCUUCUCUCUCAGUGAAUCCUGACAGAGUUCAACACUUCAGGUCUGAAUCUGUCACACUGACUUGUAAAGGAAACUCUACUGAGUGGAGAGUGAUGAGGUUAACAGAAAGAGGCAGACUGUCAUCCUGCUCCAUGUGGGGGAAAAUGACUGGAUCUGCAUGCACCAUCAACAUAAACUGGUCUCCUAGUAGAGUGUUCUGGUGUGAGUCUGGAUCAGGAGAGUUCAGCAAUGCAGUGAACAUCACUGUACAUAAUGAUGAUUAUGAUGGUAUUAUCCUGGUGAGCCCUGUUCAUCCUGUGACUGAAGGAGAUCCUGUUACUCUGAGCUGCAGAGAUAAAAAUCAAAAUCUUCUCUCCAAUGUGUUUUUCUAUCACAAUGAUAAACUCAUCAAUAAUGACACCAGAGAGGAGCUGAAGAUCUCUGCAGUGUCAAAGUCAGAUGAAGGUUUCUACAAAUGUCAACAUUCAGGAAGAGAGUCACCAAGCAGCUGGAUGUCUGUUAGAGAUGCUGUAUCCAGUCCUGUCAGCUCUUCAUUUCCUGUCAUGUUGAUCGUUGGUCUGGUUGUUGGAAUCGUUCUCAUUAUUUCACUAUUAUUUCUCCUCUUCUUGUUGUGGCGCUGCAGACGGUCCAAAGAUUCAUGCUGUAUCAGCUCCAAUCAGUCAGAGAACAACAAUCAGAGCUCCAACAGAAACGAUGUCAUCAACCUGACUGGAAGCCGUGAUUACAACACUCUUCUUCACGGUGAUGUUGGUCUCUAUGAGUCGGUCAAAUCCAAUGGAGCUGCAGGAGACGGGAAACCUCAUGAACCAGAUGAGCACAGUGAUGCUCAUUUCUAUGAGUCAGUAAAAUACCCUGAAGCUGCAGGAGAAGAAGAAUCGGAAGGUCCUGCAUAUUGUCUCAUCGAAGUGAUGAACGUACGACACGAGAGGAGGCCUCAUGAGCGAACUCCUUACUCUGUACUGAGAACAGGAGAUUCAGGAACACGGAGUCCUGCAGCAACAGAUGAGGCUGUUUAUUCAGAAAUCACCAUGGAUACCGCAAUAAUGGGAAGGAAACACGUAAGAAGCUAUAAAGAGGAAGUAUUCUGGAAACUUCUCUUUUUUUCACAAGAUAGAAGAUUUCCUGGUUAUAGUUGUUCAGCCGGUCGAGAUGCGAGGAUGGGAAACACUUGGCUUUACGUGCUAUUCUUGUUCAGUUCAGUCACCAGUGGACACAGCAAGGGACCCAGGUCUGGUUCCCAAGGUCCAAAUGAUCUAAGUCAACCAAAAGGACAAAAAUAUUUGAAACAACCAGGAUCCUCUGAAGAAACUGGAACAUCAGUUUCCCAUAGAGCCACUGUGACCCUGAGUCCAAACUGGCCUCUGAUAUACAAAGGAGAGAGACUUGCUCUCCAGUGUGAGAUCCUAGGAGGAGAAGGAACAAAGUGGACGUAUGAAUGGAGACCAAGAAAGUUAAAUGAAUUUCAAAUAUCCCAGGAAUACUUUUUCAUACAUUCAGCUAAUGAGUCUCAUAGUGGAGGAUACAGCUGCAGAGGAACAAGUGAAAAAGGCUCAACAGACUGGAGUGAUGUUGUCGUGUUAACUGUGUAUGAAGUCUCUGUGUUUCCAUCUUGGUUCAGUCCUGGAGCCUCAGUGACUCUGAGCUGUGAGGUUGAACAUCCACCUGCAGGAACCAGGUUCUUCUGGUAUAAAGCUGUUUAUAAUCCACCACGGAGAUCCUACAGAUAUGAGCUGCUGCCUGGCAGCUCUGAUGGGACUGAAGAGAAUUUCUACAUUGUUCAUGGACUCAGUAAUACAGCAGGUUAUGUGUGUGAAGCAGGAAAUGGAGAACGAAAAUUAAGAGAGCCAAGUUUUGUCUGGUCAGCAGAUCCUCGUCCAGCAGCUUCUCUCUCAGUGAAUCCUGACAGAGUUCAACACUUCAGAUCUGAAUCUGUGACUCUGAGCUGUGAGGGAAACUCUGAUGAGUGGAGAGUGAUGAGGUUUACAGAAAGAGAUGGACUGUCAUCCUGCUCCAUCUGGGGGACAAUGACUGGAUCUACAUGCACCAUUAAACCAUUUCUGUUGAAUAGUGGAGUGUUCUGGUGUGAGUCUGGAUCAGGAGAGUUCAGCAAUGCAGUGAACAUCACUGUACAUGACAGUCUUUUUUUAAAUAUUAUCCUGGUGAGCCCUGUUCAUCCUGUGACUGAAGGAGAUCCUGUUACUCUGAGCUGCAAACACAAAACACAAAAACUUCUCUCCAAAGUGUUUUUCUAUCACAAUGAUAAACUCAUCCAGAAUGACAACAGAGAGGAGCUGAAGAUCUCUGCAGUGUCAAAGUCAGAUGAAGGUUUCUACAAAUGUCAACAUUCAGGAAAAGAGUCACCAAGCAGCUGGAUGUCUAUUAGAGUAACUGAAUCCAGUCUUGUCAGCUCUUCACUUCCUGUGAUGAUGAUCGUUGGACCAGUUGUUGGAGUCGUUCUCUUUAUUCUCGUUAUUCUCCUGAUCUUGUUGUGUUCCAAAGGUUUAUGGUGCAUCAGAUCGAAGCAGCCAGAGGGCAGAGGUCAAACCUCACCCACCGACCUUGGAGUCAACAACACUGAAGGUCAUGAGUACAGCUCUCUUUCUCAUGAUAACGCCAAUCUCUACGCGUCAGUCAAGUCCUCCGAAACGACAGGAAAUGCUGCAGAUGAAGCCAGAGAUGUCACGUACUCUCGCAUUGAACUGAAAGACAUCGACAGAACGAGAAGACCUCGUGAAGCAGAGGAGAACGCCGUUUACUCUGAAGUGAAGUUGCAGGAGUAGGAUGAGAAUAAACUGAAAGACCAGAGGAGUCCUGCAGCAGCAGAUUCAGCAGUUUAUCAGGUCAGGAUAACAACCCGGCCACAUGAGAUGCAUGAUGUGACGGGCUCUGCUAAAAGUUGUUACGAGUUAAAACUCAUCACAUCCUUCAAAUUCCCACUUUUUCCACAUGUUUCUGUUAGGAAUCCAUUAAGGAAGCUGUUUUAUGAAAUUACUGCAAGGGCUGAAAUGCAUUUUCUUAAAUUCUUUUGAUUUUGAUUUAUAUUUGCCGAUGUAAAAUUUGAAGCACAGCAACCUGUCUUUAAGCUGAUAGUUUUUCUUUAAUGCUUUGAAGGUUUGGAUGUAAAUGCGUUCCGUCGCAAAACGCAGCAAAGAAAGAAAAUGUAAAACAUGUAAAUGUUUUGUAGAGUUUUUGUUUUACAAUGUUUUUAAAUGUACUAGUUGUUAGUAUAAGCUCUCUGUUUUUCAAAUUUUGAUAAAAUUGUUGUUUUCA